GUGGGGCGGCGUGGCGGACACGUCCCUCCCCGCUGGCCGCAGCUGAACGCGGAACUCGACUCGCUGCUGCAUCUCGGUGGGAGGGACGAGGAUUAACAGUGACCCUAACAAGGAAGACCUCGUCAUACCUGGCCCCGCGGGUGUUGGAGUCGUCUUUAAUCAUGUUCCGCUUGCGGGCUCUGGCCGCGGUUUCAAUGGGGCUCACCCAGCUGUCCCGCCGCUUUCACAGUGGGGCAGUCGGCGGGUCCGGCCGGAGGAGGCUGAUGCUGGCGGCCCUGGCUGGCGUGACCGGUGUGUCUGCGAGUGCUGGACUUCUCUGGAGCAGAGCGUAUGCUGAUGCAGGACCUUCUGUUCAACACUCUGAGCAGGCGGCUGGAGAGGAAGCCGAUUUUGUGAGGGACGCAGACUCGGAAAAGUCUGUGGAGUCCAGCAGCGGGGACGAAGGCGAAGAGGGGAAGAAGAAGAAACCCCGCUCAGGAUUCCGUGACCGCAAGGUGAUGGAGUAUGAGAACAGAAUCAGGGCGUACUCGACUCCAGACAAGAUUUUCCGCUACUUCGCCACACUGAAGGUCAUCAACGAGCACGGGGACGCAGAGGUUUACAUGACACCCCAGGACUUCAUCCGUUCCAUCACACCCAAUGAGAAGCAGCCCGAGAAUCUCGGCCUGGAUCAGUUCAUGGUGAAGCGCUACGAUGGGAAGGACUUCUGGCAGACGGAGGUAACUCCACGAGGGCUCAGUGUGGCCCCCAACCUUUCCACCCGCCACGCCCUGCCGUCACUACUCCACCAGAAAAUUGCCCAGGAGAGAGAGAAGUUUGCAGAUGAGGACAGCAUCUUUUACACAUUAGGAGAAUGUGGUCUCAUCUCCUUCUCUGACUACAUAUUCCUCACAACCGUGCUGUCCACUCCCCAGAGGAACUUUGAGAUUGCUUUCAAGAUGUUUGACCUGAACGGCGAUGGAGAAGUGGACCUGGAGGAGUUUGAACAGGUCCAGAGCAUCAUCCGCUCCCAGACCAGCAUGGGCAUGCGACACCGCGACCGCUCCACCACAGGAAACACCCUGAAGACGGCCGGCUGCAGCUCGGCUCUCACCACUUAUUUCUUUGGAGAGGACCUGAAGGGAAAACUCACUAUUGGCAGCUUCCUGGAGUUUCAGAGGAAGCUGCAGCACGAUGUGCUCAAACUAGAGUUUGAGAGGAACGACCCGGUGGACGGCAGGAUCACAGAGAGACAGUUUGGGGGCAUGCUGCUGGCGUACAGCGGCGUCCAGUCGCGGAAACUCAAACAGAUGCAGAAGGGCUUGAAGAAGAUGUUUAAGGAUGCACAGGGAAUCACUUUUGAGGAGGUGGAGAACUUCUUCACCUUCCUGAAGAACGUGAAUGACGUGGACACGGCUCUUAGUUUCUACCACAUGGCUGGAGCCUCCAUAGAUAAAGUCACCAUGAAGCAGGUGGCCCGCACCGUAGCCAAGGUGGAGCUGUCGGAUCACGUGUGCGACGUUGUGUUUGCUCUCUUCGACUGUGACGGGAACGGAGAGCUUAGCAACAAGGAGUUCAUAGCCAUCAUGAAGCAACGGCUGAUGCGUGGGCUGGAGAAACCCAAAGACAUGGGCUUCACCCGGCUGGUGCGCGCCAUGUGGAAGUGCGCCCAGGACACCGCCUGGGACUUCGCCGUCCCGAAGACGUAAACGCGCUCCCCCCUUCACACGUGGAGGCCAGACAGAGACGGGGAUGGGGAGGCGCUGUCGUUCAGGAGGCGUGACAUGAACUCAGUAAAUCUGCAGCUCUGAGGGGCCGCCGUCAGUCGUUACUGCAUGCUGCUCCACUCCAAGCUAUUAAUCCUCGGUGACUGAAGCGGCUCCUCCUCCUGUGCCUUUCUGAGGCGUCCGGAUUGUUCUUGUAUAUUUCAGAGUAUUGCAAAGUUUCGGCUUAUUAUUUUUUUUUUCCCGUAUACUAUCAAAAAAAGACACAGGAUUUUUAAUUAACUGACUUAAAAUAGUUAAAAACGCCACUUUCUCCUUACUUUUUUUUAAUGCAUUAAACAAUAAAGAGGAACUCAGUUUAGUUUUUAGGCAGAUCUGUCUGUUCGCUGCUGAGGAUCUUCGUAUUCCUCACCAGCGUGUCCAAUAAUAAAAAAACAUUAAAAAUGCUUCUCUCACACUAAACAUGAAUCUUUUAAAGAAAUAUCCUAUUAAAGAUGUUGUAAUAACGUUAAA